GAUUUUUCCAAGGACCCUCGAGCACCAGUGCCUCUUCUUCUCCCCAGUUUGGGGGUGUCCCCCCAGCCAUGACACCCCCCAGGAUCCAAACGUGGACCAGCCGCUCGGGCCCGAAGCUGGAAGUGUUCAUCCCCUUCCUGGGCAAAUACCACCGGCCGGUUUCGGGGCGCUGCUGCCAGACCUGCACCCCCAGGAGCUGGGUAGGAGACUUUGGGGUGCCGGGGUGCUGGGGGGUUCUGCACCUGCAGGGGUUUAUUCCCUUUUUCCUGCCAGGAUGGAUUCUACCCCGAGGACCUGGCCGCUCUCGGGUUCCGCGACGCCAGCCGCCUGACGGAGGCGGACACGCGGUUCCGGGGCUGGCUGGUCAGGAGGGUCUGUGGGUUCCUGGCAGCCUGGGAGUGGAAAAUUCCAGCAGAGAGCGCCGGGGAGCUCCUGGUGCGGAUCUGCAGCAGCAGGAGGUGGGUGGGAGCGGCUGGGGCCAUCCCGGGAGGGGCUGGCCCCCAGUCCUGGCCAUCCUUUUGGAACCCAGCUCUCUGCACCCCAACACCUGGGUGCUGGGGGCUCCCCCCUGCCCUGCUCUCCCCCUCAGGGUGCAGGAUGCUGCCUCCGGCCGGGAGCCUGGCUCUGGAGGGGAUGAGGGAUCCCAGCAGCGCUGCAAGGAGGAGAUCUGCCAGAUCCUGAGGGAAAUCCAGGCCCCGCUCUCCCCUCUGCUGCUGAGGCUGUGCCACUGGCUGCUCCCCAAGCUCCUGACCCGUCUGUUCCUGGGCGUGCAGCUGCACCGGGGGCAGCUGGAGAUGGUGCUGCGAGCUGCCAGGACGCCCGAGGUGCCGCUGGUGUUCCUGUGCAGCCACCAGUCCCCGGUGGACGGGCCCCUGCUGUCCUUCCUCCUGCUGUCCCAGGGCAUCGGGCUGCCCCGGGUGACCGUGAGCGCCGGGACCAGCCCUCGCCUGCGAUCCCUGCUCCAACGCCUGGGAGGGAUUUUCCUGCCUUCAGGAAUGGCACCGGCACGGAGUGACCGGGAUGAGGGGCUCGCUGGGGCUGUGCUGGACGCGUACGUGCAGGAGGUGCUGCGGAGCCGGCAGCCCCUGGUGCUGUUCCUGGAGGAGCCCUCGGCUGCCCUGCGGCUGGCGGAGCCCGCCCGGCGCUGGCUGCUCCGCCUGCUGCGGGCGCUGCGCGACGGGACCGUGCCCGACAUCCUGCUGGUCCCGGUGGGAAUCGCCUACGACGUGGCUCCUGGCAGAGUGGAGCGGGAUGGAGCGCCCCCUCAGCCCCUCGGGGUCGGCUCGUGUCUCCGGGCAGCAUUCCAGGCCCUGCUGGGCUGCCAGCACCGUGGCUGUGCCCAGGUGGAUUUCUCUCAGCCCUUCUCCUUACGGGAAUUUGUGGACAACAACCUCGUGGGGCCAGUCCUCACCGGGAAUCGUCCAGAGCAGCUGCUGCUUCCCACCAUCCUGGGCAGGAGCCCUCUGGACGUGGGGACCGUGGAGGCUUCGAGUCCCAGUUCGGGGAGUGAAGAGGAGAUUUUGGUGACGGCGCUGGGGCUGCACGCCCUGAGCGAUUCCAGAGCCUGCUCUGCUGUCACAGCCGUGGGAAUCACCGCGGCGCUGUUGCUCCACAGGCACCAGGAGGCCGUGCUGCUGCCCCGGCUGAUGUGGGAUUUCUCGGAGCUGCUGGAGCAGCUGCUGCUGCGGGGCCGGGCCGUGGGCUUCUCUGGGCAGCUGCGGGCGCUGGUGGGGCACAGCCUGCGGCUGCUGCAGCCCCCCCUGCGCCCCCCCAGGGCUGCUCUGGGGCCCCCCGAGGCCUCGGCCCGGGCACGGCUGGGCCGGCUGGCGGGCGGGGUCCGGCACCACCUGGCCGGGGAGGCCGUGGGAGCCUGUGCCAUCCGUGCCCUGCUGCUGGAGGUGCUGCCAAUCCUGGGGCCGCCCUCCAGCCUCACCAGGAUCGUGCUGAGCCGGGACGAGCUGCUCCACAAGAUCCUGGAGCUGCUGCAGCUGCUGCCCCCCACCCUGCUGGGGCUCCAGCCCUGCCAGCCUCCUGACUGCCACAGCCUGGACAUCGUGGACAAGCUCAUCCUUGGGGGGCUGCUGGAGGAGGAGGAGGCAGAGGGUGAGCGCUGGGGCUGUGAUGUGGCUCCUCGCCGGCGCUUCUGGCGGGGACAGUCCUUGGGCUUCUUCAGCGAUGACAGCGACAGUGACAGCGAGCACGGCGUCCCCAAGCAGUGCUACAAGGUACUGGGGGGUCCCCCCGCUGCCCCCCGGGCUGGGGGGUGGGUGAUCUCCCCUAAAUCUGGCCGUGUACCCCCCCAGCUCCGCGAGCCCCAGGGCUUCCCCGGCUUCCUCCUCUUCCUCUGCCGCCUCCUGAGCCCCGUGCUGCAGACCUACGGCCGGGCGGUGCAGUUCCUGCAGAGACCCCCCUGGCCCCAGCCCGAGGCAGACUACGUGGAGGCACUGCUGGAAUUCCUGGCCGAGGAUGAGGAUGGGUAUCCUGACAGGAGCCUGGCCCUGAGCUCCCUGCAGAGUUUCAAGGACAUGGGGGUGCUGGAGGAGCUGCAGACCCCCACGGGACCAGCCCUGCAGCUCUCCCAGCCUUUCCAGUCUGCUUCCAACCGGGAGAAGCUGGCAGCCUUCAUCCACCAGUUCACCCAGCUGUAGACCCCAGACCCAUAAACGGGGCACAGUGACCCAAUGGCUCCUGGAUUUAUUGA